UACAAGUUUAUGGCCGCCUUUUCUUUUGUACUCAACAGGCAUCUUGUCCUAUGUUGGAUAGGCUGGCUUCCCCUGGGGUGAAAUCUUUAAAUUCAAUCCAGGCAACAGAACUCAGUCUAGACCUUUUGAGCAUUAAGUACAGAAAACGUUUCUGAAGGGACUUUCCAUGAACUGGCAACAGUGACUUCAUUUGGAGAAAAACUGACAGGGAAUAGGGAAUGGCUGAGGGAGAGUUAGCAGGGAGGUGGAAGGAAGCCAGAAGCUGGGGAGAGAAAUGUAGGUUGGAGGGCUGGCUUUGGUUUCCAUGUGCAGGAAACCACAGACAGGAAAGGUCAUGAGUGGACUCAGGCAUAGGACCAGUCUGUUUCCUAGCCAUGGAGAGCUUCCCAGUUCCAGCAAUGGGGCUAAGCACCAUCCACUGUUGAAUUCCCGGGAAGGACAGGCUAGGGCUGCCAUCUUCCUCAGAUGGCUCCCCACAUCCCCCACCUCCCAGUCUUCAUCUGUUUUAUGCUAUAAGAAGGCUCCAGAGAUGGGUGACUUGUAAACAACACACACUUAUUUUUUUUCUCAUUUCUGAAGUUGGGAACUCUAAGUUCAAGACACCUUGGGUGCCUUCAGCGAUGAAGGCCCAGCCUCUUCCUUGGGGUGCCUUGACAUCACACUCCUUCUUCCUCUGCCUCCUCUGCCACCACGCCCAAGGCUCUUCCUCCUCUCCACUGGUCCUUCCCUUUCCACUCAGCCUCUUUAGCUUCUCUCCUUUCCCCUCCUCCUGUCUCCCCGUUUUCUCCUCAGGGUCCCCUUCUCUCUCUCCUAGUACCACCUCCUUCCUUCUUCCCUUCGGUCUUUUCCUAGCCUCCUCUUCUUGGUCUCCCUCCUCCGCCUGCUGCGCGAUCUCUCACCGAGCAGCAAGAAACACAGUAGCAACCGCCGCGUUACCACAGAAGAAAGAUCCUUCUGAUCCUUUCAGCUUAAGUGAGUUACUAGAUGAAUUGUCAAGGAAGCAGAAAGAAGAAUUAUGGCAAAGGCUGAAAGACUUGCUAACAGAAGCAUUGCUGGAAAGCCCUGUGGAUGGGUGGCUGACAGCGGAAGUCCAAGGCGCAGACGAUAUGGAACCAGAGCACAGUCCAAAGAUGAAAAAGAGCGUAGAAAUAACAUAUGCAAUUGUUACUGUAAUUCUUGCUUCUGUACCUAUAAUAAAUGAACAUGAGAACUAUGGCGCCCUCCUGGAGUGUGCUGUGAUAUUGAAUGGUAUUUUAUAUGCAUUACCUGAAUCUGAACAAAAACUCCAGAACUCUAUUCAGGAUCUGUGUGUCAAAUGGUGGGAAAGGGGCCUUCCUGCCAAGGAGGACAUGGGAAAGACUGCGUUUGUCAUGCUGCUGAGGAAGAGUCUGGAGACCAAAACAGGUGCAGAUAUGUGUAGGCUGUGGCGCAUCCACCAGGCUCUGUACUGCUUUGACUAUGAUUUGGAGGAGAGUAGAGAAAUUAAAGAUAUGCUGCUCCAGUGCUUCAUAAAUGUUAAUUGCAUCAAGAAGGAGGAGGGAAGAAGAUUUCUUAGUUAUCUCUUUAGUUGGAAUAUAGACUUUAUUAAAAUGAUCCAUGACACCAUUAAAAAUCAGUUACCUGGAUUACAAAAGUCUUUGAUGGUACACAUUGCAGAAAUUUAUUUCAGAGCUUGGAAAAAGGCUUCGGGAAAAAUACUGGAGACCAUUGAAAAUGACUGCAUCCAGGACUUCAUGUUCCACGGCAUCCACCUUCCACGGAGGUCUCCAGUGCACUCCAAAGUUCGAGAGGUGUUGAGUUACUUUCACCAGCAGAAAGUCCGUCAGGGAGUGGAAGAGAUGCUGUAUAGGUUAUAUAAGCCCAUCCUGUGGAGAGGACUAAAGGCCAGAAAUUCUGAAGUUCGAUCAAAUGCUGCAUUGUUGUUUGUUGAAGCAUUUCCUGUUAGAGAUCCAAACUUCAUUGCCACUGAGAUGGACAGUGAAAUUCAGAAGCAGUUUGAAGAACUCUAUAGCCUUUUAGAAGAUCCUUAUCCAUGGGUCCGUUCCACUGGCAUUCUUGGUGUUUGUAAAAUAACUUCUAAAUAUUGGGAAAUGAUGCCCCCCACCAUUCUUGUUGACCUCUUGAAGAAAGUCACAGGGGAGCUGGCAUUUGAUAUAAGCUCAGCUGAUGUUCGGUGUUCUGUUUUUAAGUGUUUGCCAAUUAUUUUGGAUAACAAACUGAGCCACCCAUUAUUAGAACAGCUUUUGCCAUCGCUCAGGUACAGUCUCCAUGAUAACGCAGAGAAAGUGCGGGUGGCUUUUGUGGAUUUGCUGCUGAAGGUCAAGGCUGUGAGAGCUGCAAAGUUUUGGAAAAUAUGCCCAAUGGAGGACAUUUUGGUUCGCCUGGAAAUGGAUUCUCGGCCUGUGUCUCGGCGCCUGGUGAGCCUCAUCUUCAACUCUUUUCUGCCCGUCAACCAGCCAGAGGAGGUGUGGUGUGAACGCUGUGUCACCCUGAUCCAGAUGAACCGUGCAGCUGCCAGGAGGUUCUAUCAGUACGCCCAUGAGCACACCGCCAGCACCAACAUAGGUCUGCAUCUCUGCCUCUCUCGUGUCUCGCUGCCUCUCCCACAAAGUGCAUGGUCCAGAUGCUCAGUGUUCUCACUCACAAAGCUCAUCCAUGUCAUCCGUCACUGCUUGAACGCCUGUAUCCAGAGGACCCUGAGAGAGGGCGCAGAGACCCAUAAGGAGUGCGAGAAGGAGAACGCCAGUGUACUAGACAAAACGUUGUCAGUGAAUGACACUGCAUCCAUGGCAGGUUUGCUAGAAAUCAUCGUGAUCCUCUGGAAGAAUAUCCACAGGAGUCUGGAAAACAAUAAAGAGGCCAAAGCUUAUACCAUUAACAAGUUUGCGUCUGUGCUUCCAGAGUACCUGAAGGUAUUCAAGGAUGAGCGCUGCAAGAUCCCUUUGUUCAUGCUAAUGUCCUUCUUGCCAGCCUCUGCUGUCCCUGUGUUCAGCUGUGGUGUGAUUUCUGCUCUGAGAAAUCAGGAGGAGAGUGUUACAGGCAGGAGCUACUGUACCUUGCUCGAUUGUCUCUGUUCCUGGGGGCAAGUGGGGCAUGUCCUGGAGCUCAUUGUGGACUGGCUGCCUACAGUGCCACCGCAAGCCAAGAGUAAUUUGGCCUCUAAACGAAAAGUGCAAAUCAAUGACAUGUGCUCAGUGAAGCCUAAGUUAGCAUUGUUGUACAUGGAGUACUUGCUAACCCAUCCAAAGAAUCGAGAGUGUCUGCUCUCUGCACCUCAGAAGAAACUGAACCAGCUUUUAAAAGCACUUGAGGGAUCCAAGGCAGAUCUGGAAUCAUUGCUUCAGUCUCCAAGUGGGAAUCCCCUUAACAAAGCCACUGCCCUGCAUGCCUUUGGUCUGUACUGUAGGAUGAGCGUCCAUCUUCAGUACAAGUUCUGCUCAGAAGAGAAAAUUCAUCUGUCCAUCCUGAGUGACACUGGGUCUUGGUUAGAAAACAAAGUUUUACCUCUUCUUGAAGACCAAGAAGAGGAGUAUCUGAAGCUUCAGAGGGAUGUUUAUCAACAGAUAAUCCAGACUUACCUGGCUGUGUGUAAAGAUGCUGUCAUGGUGGGACUUGGAGAUCCUAAAUUUCAGGUGCAGCUUCUACAGCGGAGUUUUGGAAUAAUGAAAACAGUGAAGGAAUUUUUUUAUGUUUCAUUACUUCUUGGCAUUCUGAAGGAGAUAGCUGGGAACUCCAUGAUUUACAGAACAGAUUCAGAUGAGAAGGUCACAGUGCUGUUUGACUUAGUCCAGGAGGUGUUUCAGAAGAUGUUGGAAUGUGUUGCCUGUGUCUUCAGGAAGCAGCCUGAGGAAAGUCUGCAGCUCUUUCAUUCUGUUCAGACCCCUCUUCAUGAAUUUAUCACCACUAUCCAGUCCUGGCACCAGGACACUGCAGUGCAUCACGCUGUGCUUUCUACUCUGAUCGCUGCACCAGUGGUUGAGAUAAGUCACCAGCUACAGAAGGUUUCUGAUAUAGAAGAGCUGACUUCACCACAAUGUCUUGCUGACCUUCCUCCAUUUUCAAGGAGUUUAAUGGGAGUAAUAAUGAAGUCUUCGGAUGUGGUCAGGUCAUUUUUGGAUGAACUAAAGACAUGCGUAACUUCCGGUGACAUUGAAGGCAUUGUGUGCCUCACAGCUGUUCUGCAUAUUAUUUUGGUUUUUAACAGAGGUAAACAUGUAAGUGCAAAGGUGCAGGAAGUGGCAGCAUCCGUGAACAGAAAGCUGAAGACCUUUAUGGAGAUCACUUUGGAGGAAGACAGCCUUGAAAGAUUCCUAUAUGAGUCAUCAAUGAGAACUUUGGGAGAAUUUCUGAAUUCAUGACAAAACCACCAUCUCUGGGUGUGUAGAAAUAGAGAAAAAGAGUCAUGAAAGUGAAAUGUGUGUAUAUCUUCCUUGCUUUUAUUUUUUUUCGUCAGACUAAACGUGUAGUCCUGAGUCUGUAAGGACCACAGCAGGUCUGUCGGUACCCAAAGAUGGAGACCAGUACAGCACUGGUGCUCUACUAUACACCUGUGCCUUUAACCAGCUUGCAGAGAUGGAGAGUGCAAAAUGGUGUAAGAGAAAGACUGUCAAGCAGCCCACCACUCCUCUCCAGAAGACCCAGCAAAGCUUAUGAGAACUGUGGAGGGGGCAACUCUUACGUUCAUUGGCCUGUGACUUAUCCAUUAUUUAUUAUUUGUUGUGAAAUUCUCCUGGAACAGAUUUCUCUGGCCUUUCCGCAGGGCUAUCAUUAGCCCGCACAGGACCUUUCUUCAAGUGACGAAAAGAAUCACUUCAUCAGAAUAUUUUACUGCCAUCUGUUGUACAGUUGUAAUAAACACACAGAGUAUGUAGAGCGGAUGUGAAGUGUCUGCUUGGCUUCGUUGCACUUGGGCUCAGCUCAACUCUUACACCUGAGCUGUAACUAUAAAAGGCGUUCUCAGUCAGAGAGGGCUCCUUGCUUGAGUGCUGCUGUGUACCAUGCACAGUCAGGGAUAGAGCAGGAGUUAAGAAAAGACAAAACAAAGCAAAACCCUACCGAAGUGGAAGUAAAUUGAGGAAGGCCUGGGCUAGGAAUGAGUUGCCACCUAGAAAUGAUCGUCGUAUCUCAAGGCCACAGUGGAGCGUUGCUCAGUGGAUGCACAUGCCCAGUUGUUUCUGUUUUUGCUGUGCGGGACAAUGGCAGAGGCCUUUCCCUGUAUGAUUAUUGAAGAGUCAGCAGAGAUCUCACGAGUUAAAGAAUUGCCCUGGUCCUGUGUAAGUGGUGGGUUAAUGAUCUGAAAGAGAGAAGGAUCCUGUUCUAAAGUGGUGUAAUCUGCAACCGUGCAUAGGCAAGGACAAGCCCUUCAUUUAAAAAUGCUGGGAGAAGCCAUGGCGCUAGCUCUGUAGUAGAAGAAUCUCCUGGGCCUCAGGGCAAUACUAGGCUUCUCUAGCCUAUGUCACUCCCUCAGCACCCUUUCCCUAGCAGAGACUCUGGCAUAGGGUUGAGUGGCCUGAAUCAGGAUAGAGAGCUCAGGGGUGACUGACUGCACUUGUGAUGGUGAUGACCUCAGCAGGUGGGAAGGAUGAAAGGUAGCCAGAUGAAGCUGGGGACUUGACAUCACACAGUAUUAGACAGUUGUAGAGCUUGAACCAGUUUGUCUUGCAGACAGCUAUAAUGACAAAGGCAAUGAGGAUAUGUGGGAAGUUAGUAACGGGACUUUUAAUGACAUAGCUGUAGAUGUAACAUACUGCCGGAAGGAUCAUUAGCACAAUGAGAAGGAUUUACAUGACAUAGCUUGCCUUGCAACUUACUGAAGACCCGGGAACAGGAACAGAACUAAAGUGUUAGUUGCACUUUUGACAGUAUGACCAGAUCAGCAUCGAGAGAGAGAUUCUCCAGGAAGUUGGCCCUGAGAUAAUUGAGACAAGAACAACUACCACAAGAGCACAGAGCCUUCAGUGCUGAUCUGAUUCAGAGAAGACUCCAACUCUCUUCUGGAUGGAACCCACAUGGACAGAAGACCUUACUACUGAGCAAAUCACAGGGUUCUUUUGAACUUGCUUACGGCCAAAUAAACGAGAAGCUGUUGAUUACCCUUCACCUCUUAGGACUUUUAAAAAUACCGUGAUUGGAUUGUUUUAGUUCUCUUAUUUUUGUGAGGUGAAGAAAGGAGAAGGAAGACAGAUAUCAAGAUGUCUGGUCCCUGAAAGUUAGAUGUCAGAUGAUUUCAAAAUUAUAGCUGAAUUUUUUAAAAUGCUCUGCUUUUAUAUUGAUGGGUGAGAUCUGCAAUAUUGUUCAUGUUAAUAGACAAAAAGGAACAUCAGCAAUAUCUUGUUUAAUUUAUAGACGAACGAGUGUAUUUGUAGUACUUUGAGAUUUUAAAGACUGUUGAAUGCUAAUCCCCAGACGUUACCUUUACCCUCAGUCUGAAUACUCUCGUGAAUUGAGUUGGACCACUGUUACCUUUGUAAGAAGUAAUAAGAUUAUGUUUUAAAAGCAAUUUUUCUGGUGUAGUUGCUUAUGCAUGGCACAGUUUGGAUAGGUAGUGUUAUUCCUUGGUCAAAAUAUGUCAGUUAAAUAUUGAAAAUGGUUUGGAAUUAUUAGGCUUAUUUUUCUUGCUAUUAAUCUUGUUAGUAGAGGCAUUACAUAAAGAUUGGGCUGAUAAGAUUAACUUUUAAAAAUAUCCCUGCUAAAAAAAAGUAUGUCUGAAGGCCCUGUUAAAAAAAAGAAGCAAAAACAACUGGGAGGAGUACACAGCAGGAGAUAAACAAACUCAUGAAAGAGUCUGAAGGUGAAACCUCAAGAGACCAUCUCAGACAGAAAGGGACUCCAUGUGGAGGGAUGGUGUCAACAACCCCCCUUCAAGGAGCUGUAGGGAAUGGCAGUGCAAAACAAAGCCCAACAGUGUCAACUAACCCAGAAUCCCGGGAUUUCCCAGAGUCUGCUCUACCAACUGAAGAUUUACAAAGGCUGGAUCCAGGCCCAAUGAAUGUAUGUCGAAGAGGACUUCUGUUUUGGUCUCAGUGAAAGAGGAUGUGCCUAAUCAUAGAGGAACUUGAUGCUAAGAAAAUGGGGAUACGUGGAGGGUAGAGGGAAGAAGGGAGGCCUGUUUCAAAGCAAAGUGGAGGAGUAAGGAAAUGAAGAAAUCUGGGAAAGAGGGCCAGGAGGUAAGGCAACAUUUAUAAUGGAAAGAUUAAAAGUUAAUUUGAAAUUAUUACUGAAAUAAAUUUUAAAAUAUUACUGAAAGGAAAAAAAAUCCCUGCUAAAAACAAGGCCUUUAACUGACCUGAGAAGUUGGCUAUUUCUUUUCUUUCUUUUUUUUUUUUUUUUUAGUACAUCAAAUAACAAUGUGUGAUACAGGUGUUUUCUCUUGGGCAUAAAAAAGAACCAAAACAAAAGCAAAAACAAACAAGCAAAUACAAUAAUAACAACAAAAAAAUGUGUGAACUUGUGGCACAUUGUGCUUAAUGUCAACUAAUUCAAGUUGUUAAGCCUGUGGCUACAAAGCGUUUGGUAAUGUAUAUGGAAAUCUCUACACUGUUUUUGAAAUAGAACCUAGCUAAUGCUGUGGCUUAUCUGUUGAAGAAUACCCAAGUUUUAUUACAUUCUAAGCCUUUAUGCCCAGGAUUUGGAACGAAUGGAAUUAUUCAACAUUCCUGCUAUUUUUGGAAAGAUAGAAGUAUACGUUUCAAUGCAAAUAUCACUGUGACCUCCUACUGACACUGGCUUAUGCCAGAUCAUUUUCAGGCACUUAGGGAGGAGCUCACAGGUUGAUAACUUUGUGAGACAUGAGAGACAUGGGAAAUGCACCCGUCUUCUCACAGUGUCCUAGCACCAAUACUUACAUAUUUAGAUUGUCAGAAAUCAUUGAUGUUUCAAGAAAUGUUUGCAUUAGACAUUAAAGCAGUACAGAAGGUAUAUUUUUCUCUCAUUAGACUUUUCAGGGAAAUUUAAUUCUUUUAUAUAAAUUUGUAUAAAAUUCUUGUUAAAAAUAGGUUAAAUAAUAAAUUUUUUGCAUAAGAGUUUUGUAAAUACUUUAUAACAUUAAGCUUUUAUUUGAAAAUGUAACAUACAAAAUAAAAUGGACUUCAGCAAUCUUAA